AUGGAGGGGGAGUGCGGGCCGGCCCCGGGCCCCGAGGAGCCCAACGGGGCAGCCCCGACCCCGACUCCGGCCCCGGCCCCGGCCCGGCGGCGUCGGAAAGCCGCCAAGAAGCGAAAAGAAGCGGCGGCAGCAGCAGCGAUCCCGCGGGGCAGGCCCAAGUCGGGGCGGGUGUGGAAGGACCCCGGCAAGAAGAGGUUCUCACACAUGAUCCAGGACAAGGCCCUUCGCACCUCCUGGGCGCGGAAAAUGAAGGAGCGGCAGGAGAAGAAGCUCGUCCGGGACCUGGCACGGCAGCUGCAGGAGGGGAAGCAGAGAGAGCGAGAGGAGAAGAAGCGUCGGCGGGAGGAGAACCUGAAGCGACGCCUGGAGAACGAGCGGAAGGCGGAGAUUGUGCAAGUGAUCCGGAACCCGCUGAAGCUCAAGCGGGCGAAGAAGAAGCAGCUACGGCGGGUGGAGAAGCGGGACACGCUCGCCCUGCUCCAGAAGACACCUGUGCGGCACAAAGCAGCCACGGAAUGAGACGGGAGACGAGGCACUGCGAUGCCCGGCCCGGGCAGCUGGGGUUUCUGCGGGUCCCGCUCCUCUCCAGGGCCGUUUCCUCGGCUCGGCGGGCAGGAGUUGCUCCCCGGGCCCUCGGUGUUGGACAGACAGCAGGACAGAGCUGGGGCGGGUUACGCAGCACCGUGACCCGCAGGAACCGGCUGCUGGAUCCCCCCCCACCCCUCGCUGCCCUGUGAAGUUGGGGUGUUGCUGACAGCCGGGCGGGGGGGGGGGCUGGAAGGAGAACUGCUUCACCUGCCCAAAUCUGCUUUUUCUUUAUAAAAAAUGAGGAGGAACUGACCCAGACUCGAUUCCAACGGCUCGGGGAGGGGCUGGUGGCUCCAGCUCGGGGCCUUUCCCUCUGCCGAGGCAGAUCUCCCGCAGACUUCCCGGGAUCGCAGAGCGCCGCGACCCCAUGCCCCCCGAGGCUCCCUCAAAGAGGGGUCUCGCCGCCCCCCCCCACCCCGGGAACGAGCCCUGGAGCCUGUCACGACGGGAGGGGAGCGGAGGGUGCAGCACAGCCUCCUGUCACCCUUCUCCGGGGGUGCUGGGGAGCAGCACCGC